AUGCCGAAUCCUGUGGGUUUCACGAUGCGCCAUGCAGAUAAAGGUACGGUACGCACAGUGGCGUCUGGCAUCAUCGUAUUUAUAGAGACAGACACAGUGGCGACUGUGUAUCUGUACAACCCAUGA